AUGUAUGACUGUAAAUUAAAAUCAUGUCAUUUAUCAAACAUGAAUUCACAUAAUCAAAUUGAAAUGAAACACCCGAUUCAAUUAUUAAAAAACUUAUCACCUGAUUUUUCAAUAAAACAAAAACAUAAAACAUACAACAAAUUUAUGAGUUCAAUUAAUCAGAACGAAUUAAUGAACAGUUCAAAAUGUAUUAGUAACAACAAUGUCAAUCAUAAACAGUCACAAUUACAAUGUACAAUUGAUAAAACACAAUUUAUAAUGAAAGAAAAUCAUAGAAAUAUAACAGUAUUUCACAAUCCAUAUCAUCAUUCUAUUCCUAAUAUAUCUAACUUAGUUAAAAACAAUGUAAACAAUCUUUCAUAUACUAAUAUAAUGUCUGAUGAAGGUUAUUCACAAGGUCAAUCAAACCAUAUCCCUAUCAAUGAUCAAGUUGAUGGACAAAUUUCAUCGAAUGAUACAUUGAAAACUUUAUAUACAGGAAAUGUUUAUAAAAAAUAUCAUUCUUUACAAAAUUUAAUACCUUCAAAUCAACAAAUUCAUCUAGAACAUCAAACAUAUUCAUUAUCUAAAUUGAAUUAUUCUUCAUUCAAUACAAUUCCAUUACAAACAAAUAUUCAUAGUUUAAAACAAAUGUAUCAAUCACAGUCAACGUAUGUUAUUGUUUGUGAAUAUCCAGUCAAUUUAUCUGUACGUUAUAUGGGUAAUAAUCAUCAAAUACCAAAUAUUAAUUUAAUUGAACUAAGUUAUUUAUGGCAUCAUAUUGGAUGGGGUUAUUUAAUUGCUAUAGCUAAUAGAAAUUAUGAAUUACCUAAUUCAUUUGACUCAAUUACAUUAAUUCUAUGUCAACCAAUUACAUUUAAACAAUUAUGGAUUGGUUAUAUAGUAAUACCGGAUAAAUUUGAUCAUUUCGAUAUCAUUCAUACAUCUUUAAUAAAUUCUGAUCUUAUUCAAUGUUAUAUUAAACAAAUUCAUAAAAAUCUUAAUGAUAAAUUCUAUCAUACACAUUGUAUUGUUAUGAAAUUAAAUAAAGAUACUACUUAUAAUACGGUACAAAUGAAACAGAAACAAUUCAAAUCUCAUUCAAUAUUAAAAUCAAUAUUUCGAAGAUUAUUUAAUAAAUUGUCUAAAACUAAUAAUAAUAUUUAUAAAAAUCAAUUUAUCAGUGAUAAUAAUAUUUUCAUCAAUAAUAAACACAAUUUUGAAUAUUGUAUAUGUAAAAUAGAAUCAAUAGAAUCAGGAAUCAAUGAAAAAAUUCAUCAACAAUCAAUGGAAUUCUUUUCAGAAUUGGAUAAAUUAAUUAGUAAUUCAAUAGUAACUGUAUCCUCAAAAUUUGGCAGAUUACUACCGGUAUUCCAUUUUCAACCGGAAUCAGAGAAACAGUUAGCAAUCGAAAGGCAAAGACAUAAAUACAAACUGGAACUAUCAACAUUACAAUCUAAUACAAAUUCAUCAGAAUGUAUUAGAAAUCAAAUAUCUUUUCCCUGUUUAUUUCGACAUAUUUAUUCACUUAGUAGAGAUGAUUUACAAACAAUGAGAACAAUCUAUGGAUUCGAAGUUUAAUUAUAUAAAUACUUAUAUCAUUACAUUGUGUAUACUUUGAUAUAGUUUUUCAUUGGAUGAUUAUUUUAUUUAAAGGAAAACACUGGGUUACUAGUUUUCUCUAAAAAGAAAAGUAACAUUAUUUUAUUGAAGUCAAACAUAAGAGCUCAAAAAUUAAUGUCAGUAUUUUAAUCAAUCGUCUGGCUGGUAUUGCAUAUUUUAAGUUGUCUGGUAAGCUUAGAACAGUGCAGUAAAUAAGAUACAGUAAUCAGUAAAAUAUAAAAUUUAAGGUAUUUUAUUCGUUUUAAGUAAAAUUAAAUACGAUUAGAUUGAAAUUCUGUAUGAACUUCAGUCAUUAUAUUCCUUCUAUUUAACAGGUUUUUACUUCUUCGGAAACGUCUGUACGUUCAUACUAUCAUUUGACGAUAGUUAAU